AUGAAUAUCUUAAGAAGGUUUUUUUUAAGCAAUAAAACACAUUCUGGAGAUACAUCCGUUUCAAUUCCUUCUGGACAGCUAAUUCUUGUGCGUUCACCCGCAUCUCCGAAGUCAGAAAAUGAAUGCCUUUAUGAGGAUGUAAUUCUUUCAAUAAGAGAAACCAGCAGUCCAUUCAAUUAUCAACUUGUUGUUGGAAAGAACCACACUUCCGAGCAGGAUUUAAUCAGUGAUGGUGAUGAUGAAAAUAAUGAAGAGGACGAACUUUUUGAAUCGGAUACAACCGUUUUGAAGUCAUUUCUUAUUGAUGCUCAAUUAAAAUUCAUUUUAUUUGAGGAUACCGAAAGUGAAAUUCUUGGUUGGAAAGACUUAGAAGGGGAUGCAGGUGACAUGUAUGAAUACAGAAUUAACCCAACGGUUCCCCAAGACACGGUUGAUCAUUUCUUAUUUGCUGUUUAUAGGUGUGAAUACGAAAGAAAAUACAAAAGAUCCAGCGCAGAUAUUCAUGCCGCUUCCUUGAAGGAGUUUGUUGUUGAGCAAAAGGAUUUACAAUUAGAAGGGGAUCAUAUUCUAUCUUCCAUAUCGACUGCAUCAUCUACUUUGGAUCUUCAUAGUAAUUUGCAGGGAGCAGAUGACGAGGAUGAGGCAGAUGAGGGAGAUGAGGAUGAAUUUCAAGAUGCCAUCGAAGAAGUGGCUACUGAAGAACAGGUAAAGGGUGAGCUAAUUGGAUCUGUGCUAUGUGAUUUGUUCGUUUAUGAUGCCAAGAAACAAUCUUUCAAGACUAAACAAAAGGGGAUGGAAGCUUCUAUUGAGGACAUCGGACAUUGGAAUUAUUUGAUGCAGAUAAAAAAGAAGCAGAGCGAAGAGGAUACGAAGAGCAAAGAUUUCUCAAUAGUUUCGUACGUUAUUGAGCAGCUUGAUCCAACCUUCAGAUUCGAGCAGUUCUCAUUUAUUUUCAACUAUUUCACAGAGAAAGCUGGUUACACAUUUCUUAUGCGAUUUGCUAACAGGGAUGAGUACGAUAAAUUUCAGAAAAUGUUUGCGAAAGCUUUGUGGCAACAUAACAACGAAAGAGAAUGGCGUCUUAUCAAAGAAACGGAGCAGGACUAUUUGGUUGAUACAUUUAGGGAUGUAUCUCUUAGCGAUGAAGAUAUGCCAGAUGCCGUUAGUGAUGAUGACGAUGAUGUUGAAAUGACCGAUUCUACGAUUAACAUGAAAGAUAAUGAGAGUGAUAGUGAAGACGAACAAAAGACACGCUAUAAAAAUAGCGCAGAACAUAACAAAGGGCUCAAGAUAGGAUUAAAAGACGACAGAGCUUUUAUUUCCAGGGGAAACAAGCUUGGAAUUUUCCGUACAGACAACGAUGAUAGGAAGUUAACUUUCUCUACCGCUAUUGAAAGCAUUUCUAGCUCCAGGCAAAAAAACAAAAAGAUUAAUCUUGACCGUAUGAUGCUUCAAAAAGGAGAUACCACUAUGAUUAUUCAGGAUACCGCAGAUCCUAACACAAUUUAUAAGAUGGAUCUUAAUCGUGGUAAGGUGGUUGAGGACUGGACUAUGACGAAAGAUUCGGUUGGCAUUCCGGUGGUUAACUUUGCACCAAACGACAAGUAUGCGGAGAUGGGCGAUGAGGAGACUUUCUUGGGACUUUCAAAACAGUCCCUUUUCAGAGUUGACCCUAGAACAAAGAAUAAAAUCGUUGAUUCUGAUUUCAAGCAGUACAAAUCGAAGACGAAUUUCAGUCAGAUAGCUACGACGGACAAUGGAUACAUUGUGGCAUCUACUAAAGGAGGAGAAAUUAAGCUGUACGACGAACUUGGAAGAAACGCAAAAACCUCGCUUCCAGGUCUUGGUGAUGAUUUUAUUGGCUUGACAACUUCCAGUGACGGAAGGUUCAUAUUGGCCACGUGCAAGACAUAUUUGCUAUUAAUUGACGUGAAGAUCAAAAAGGGAAAAUAUCGCUAUAAAAUGGGAUUCGAGAGGUCAUUCGGCAAGGAUGAUAAACCAUUGCCUAAGAAGCUCACUUUAAAACCGGAGCAUCUUGCUUAUUUGAGACAAGUGUGCGGAAACAACAUGUCCUUUACCAAAGCUAACUUCAAUUCAACAUUACAAUACAAAACGAACACACCAUCAUCUAUAAUCACAUCUAUUGGACCGUUUGCCGUCACGUGGAGCAUGAGAAAAGUUUUAAAGAAUGAUCCAGAACCUUAUACCAUUCGCAGAUAUAAUGAUACUGUCAUGAUGGGUGACUUCACAGUUCAUAAUGCUCAUAGGAUGAUAUUCACGUUGCCAGAUGAUGUGACGCUUGCAUCUUCUAAAUCAUUCAAAAAACCAUCCACUGAAUUUGGCGGAGUAGUGAAGGAAUACCAAGGCUAA